AUUCUUCUCACCAACAAUUGAUAAGAUGGUUUCACAUCUCUAUAAUUGAUUGGAUCGGAUUGUCAUGAUACAUACAUUUAUGGAUGUUGGAUUAAAAGCCUUGUAGCAGGAUGGUGGCCUUCUAAAAAUUUUUUUAAUACAUUUCCCUACAUCAUUAGCAUUUCCUGAUUUUCUUUUUAAAAAUGCCAUUUUUUCCUCACUAUUGACAUUCGUAUUGAACAUACAAUCCUUUUUUAAUUGGUUUUGUUCUAUUUAUUUUUAAACACUGGACAAUGGCGUGAGAUGAAGACAAACAAGUUUGAGUGAUGUAAUAACAGUCUUUGCACGGCACAACUCAAAACCGAUGACAAUCGAGCCAACUGUCAAAAUGAUGCGUGAUAAAAUUAGUGGCCUUGCAGUCACUGUAGUGUGCAGAUAAGGCCUUUCUUUAUCUCCUUGUUGUUUCCCCUCCUUACAAUGACCUACCUGGAGACAUAAUCAAAAUAUGAUCGAUAGUACAAAGCACACACCAUAAAAGGCGGAAAAUUUAAUUAAGAGCAAUAAACAUGAAACGUGAAAAGAAGCUCCCACUCUAAAUGCCUGUACGUGUCCUACUUUUGACUGGUGGCCUUAAUUUUUUUUUUUUUUUAAUAAAACAGCUCCCAUAAUAAAAGAAAGACCUCUCGAUAAAUAAUAAAAUAAGUCAUCUUUUAGCAUUGGAGCGGUCGUUGUUUGCAACAUUUCAAAGAGUUGCAUGAAGUCAGUUGAGUUUCCGUUUAAGGGCCCUCGAAAAGCAGAAAUAAAGAGCAUUGGUUGAAAUAUUGUUGGCCAACUUUUAGGAAUGUAGCAAGCAAUAGCGUUUCACCAGUUGCUCUCUUAGCAGGCCAUCUCAGUUCAGCUCGUUUUACUGCUUUUACUGUCAAAAGUAUAACAGAAAAUAGAAACAAGAAUAGGUCAGCCAACAUUUCAAAGUUCACAGUAAAUGUAGGAGUACAGUGGCUUUGGACAUUGCUCAGCAUUUAAGAUAAGCAUUGCCUGCGUCUCAAAAUAAUUUACGUACUAAAUUGGUCUUCUUCCGGAACAUAAUAAGGAAGAAGGACAAUAAACCCAGAACGUUUCAAUUUCGUAGCUGGUAAAACAAGGGUAAUUUCGCAGGAAACCAGAAGGGAUAUAAAGUCCGGAAUCACUGUUAAAACUUCCCAGCAUUUCGCAAUUAUUAACUACUAAUAUGUUACACAAACUUGUUGUAAUUGUGUUUCCUUAUAAUAUCCAAACAAAUACCAGUAAAAACUACAGAAUACUUGGAUUUUACAGCAUUUAACAGUUAUUUCACUGUUAAAAAUGAAAUUAAAGCCGCAGCUUUUAUUUCAUUGUAAUUACAUUUAGAUGAGCAACUUUUUGUUUUUCAACUUUUUUCAAGCGAGCAAAAGUAUUGGAACAGACAUUAUGAAACUAACUUGAAGUAAAUAACAUUUAAUAUUUGGUGGUAUAAUGUCAGAGGCUUCGGGCCACUGGCCCGGACUCGGAUCCAUUUAGUACUGCCUAUAAUUAUCGCCCCCUGCUGUUCUGAGAAGGUAUGACGUGUAUGAAGGAAGUCAGCUGGGAUAAAUUCCAGCAAAUAAAAAAGGAUUCGACUGCGGUUGGUGGCCCUAAGGAUGACCUUGGUCUUUCAACAUCUAACUGCAAAUAUGUGAGAACAUAUUGGACAAACGUGCCAUUCUGCCUUGUAAUUCCUUUGCAAAUUUACCGACGUGAUAUCGUAAAAUUGUGUUUGUAUCAUUUUGAAGCACAUAUUUGGGUGCUGUUGAGCAGGGAUGACUUCACCUUAUAGUAAUGUGAGAGGAAAAAAAAAAAGUCACAUUUUAAUUCGUUUUGUUGAAUGCUAAAGGCGUUUAAAAACAUUUAGAUUGUGACUUUUUAAAUUAGAGUGCUAAAAAAGUAAAACAAUUAAAUAUAGAACGAUUCUAUAAAUGCUAUAUAGAUGACAGUUUACUUUCUUUUAAGUUUAUGGGAGUGAAGAAUAAUAAUAUGAUUCUGACUCGAGAUUAAUUUGGAUGCAUGUAAACGGUAAACUAUGCAUCACUUUUGGAUCCACUGCAGUACAAUAACAAUAAAUGUAACAACGAUUGCAUGUAUGCGCUGACUCACUCACACCUGCCAUGAAUUGAAAGGAGAGCAUUCCCGACUCUUCAAAUACAAAUGUUAUCAAAAAAGUUUUUGUUCUUUCUCAAGGGCUGUGGGCGUCAGGUAGUUUCUGUCAAAUAAAAGCUGCAUUUGGAGGGUCCUUACACAUAAUUGAGUCAGGACGCUACUGACGCACUUAAUCGUCAAAUUUAAUAGAGGAUGAAUUCCAUUACUUUUGCAUUGCUUCUCGUCACUGGUCUCCAAGGAUGUGCUCUGAGUUUGAAUAGCGAUGGGUUGAAUAACGAACCAGAUGCACUGAUGACGGAUGCAAUUCCCUGUGAGGACUGCACAAAAAUAAUGAACCUCCUUAUAGACCUGCUUUCCAACACAGAGCUCCAGAAAAGGAUCACCCAUGGUAUCGGCAAACUGUGUGACCACCUGCCUGGGAAAGCCAGCAUGGCUGUAUUCUGCAAGGAGGAGGUGGACAAGAUCUUGCCAGUGGCCAUCAGCUUGAUCACUGUUGUAGCAAAGCCUGGGGACAUCUGCAAACUCAUGGGACUCUGCGGCUCCAACGAGCAGCAGAAAACGUUCGACUAUAUGGUCGACAAGGUCCUCCAAUUUGCUGCGAUGCCAGUAAAUGAGAAGCCCACAUCACCGUGCUCAUUCUGCAUCUUUUUCAUCAAGACAAUUGAUGACUUGCUGCCCAAAGAGAGGACCGAGGAGGCCGUGGUGAAGGUGAUGGAGAACGUCUGUCACAUUUUGCCCAUCUCCUAUCAUGAUCAGUGUGAGGUGGUCAUUGGCAAGUUCAGCAAGACGUUGAUGGACGCCCUCCUCGGUUACGCCACGCCGAAGGCCAUCUGCACACUCAUCCGCCUGUGCGAAAGUCAGGAGGGUCCUUCCGUCGACCCCUGUACUUUGGAAACCUACAGGUGCAGGGACCUGCAAACCUCUUUGAAAUGUGGGGUAAGUCAUCAACAGCUCGUUAUAUACACGUAUAUAAUCUCGUUUUUGUAUAAAGAUGGUAAAUUUAACAUUAUGUCCACUCUGUGUAGACUUUGUUCUACUGCCAAACAUUUGUCUGGAAAGCCCUCAACAAGGUUCUUUGAAGAGUUGUCAGGUACAUGUGACCAAAGCCGAAAAAAUGUCAAUAAUGACUUGCAAACCAUAACGGCGUAUCUUUAUUGUCAAGAUGGAAUUAAGCGCGAGUCAGUACUUGUGGCUAUGAAACUUGAAAAUAUUUCUCUUAACUCCGAUGAUAUUAAUAUUGAUAUUCCCACUGUGCUUUUCAGGUUUUGAUUUGAUACCUCAAAACAGGGAAGAGAGACUGGGAGCUUGAUAAGUUGAUGUGAGAGAGAUUUUGUAUUACCCUCUUUCACCCAAAUCUGUCAUUGCAUCCUUCAAUAAAAUUCCAUUUAUCUUUUA